CUUGUUGAGGGCGACCGAAAUCCCCAGAAGUCAUGCGCAUAUCAACUUCCUGUUAUAUCCGGAAACGAGGCGGGAAUGUGUGCAAAAUCUUUUUAGUCGUGUCUUUCGAGCGAAAUUUCAACUUUACUUUUUAAAACAUACCUACCAAGGCCCCAGUCAUGACAAGUUUCUUCUGCUAUCCUGUGGGCUGAUCUGUUAUUCCCUGCUCAAAGAAUUUCCUGUCUUCACUGAUGAAAAAUUCUUCCAGGGGACGUAUUGAGUUAGGAGACAUUACUGCCCAUAACAUCAAGCAGCUGAAACGCCUUAAUCAGUAUGUUUUUCCUGUAACAUAUAAUGAUAAAUUCUACAAAGAUGUCUUGGAAGUGGGUGAAUUAGCAAAACUUGCCUAUUUCAAUGACAUUGUCGUUGGUGCUGUGUGUUGCCGAGUGGAUAACUCUGCAACACAGCGCAGAUUGUACAUAAUGACUUUAGGCUGCUUAUUUCCUUACAGACGGCUGGGAAUCGGCACAGUGAUGUUGAAUCAUGUUUUAAAAAUCUGUGAAGAAGAUGGAAACUUUGAUAAUGUUUUCUUGCAUGUCCAAGUGAACAAUGUUGGAGCAAUAAAGUUUUAUGAAAAAUUUGGAUUUGAAAUAGUUGAAGAAAAGAAGAAUUACUACAAAAGAAUUGAACCAGCAGAUGCAUACGUUCUACAAAAAACUUUUACAAAAACCAAACAACAACAAGCUUUACGCCGUAUUGAAAAAUAAUUUUCAGAAUUUGAAAGAAAAACAAAAUCUUUUCUCCUCCCUCAAAAAGCAGGCCAUGUGAUGAUCAAUGUUUUUGUACAUAAACAAGCAGUUGUCUGACCUGGAAGAAUAUAUAUGUGCAUGUGUGUGUAUAUAUAGAUAGAUAUACCUGCACACACACAUAUAAUGUAUGUAUAUAAAGUUUAUUAAAAGUUACAUGACUCGAUUUAUUUUAUGACUGGGAAGAUUCAACAUUUCUAUUUCAUUUUGCAAUUAACCUGAGGGAAUAAUUUUUUUGUCUGCUCUUUCUAUCCCUCUGUUCUGUUUUUUUUUUGUUUUUUUGUGGUUUUAAUUUAUUUUGUUUGAUUUGAAUCAACAUCCUGUCAAAUACCAAAAUUACCAAGAACUUUUUCUAAUAGAUUUGGUGUUGAUGACUGGGAAUAAAAAUUGUUUGGUAAUGUU